UCCUUUUUUUGAUGAAAAAAACUAAGCCUAAAUAUAUACAUAGUGCAAGCACAUAAUCGCUUUCCUCAUGAGGUUCACCCCCAUAGCCAUUGCGUACCACUCUAAACAAACAGUAAGUAUAUAGUUAAGGUGUCCGUGCGAGUACGUAAACUAAAACCUAUUCAGCUCUCAUUAUAUUCGUCCUUUUUAAACUUUAUCGAUUUCCUCCUACGUAGGUCGUCGGCGUACGAUCGUUCUAUGGGCUAGAUGCUAUUUCCUGUUGUUGCCCUCGUGUUGAGCUGUUUGGGACACGCUCCAUUAAACCUCAGCGCUAAACGGCAUCCCGGCGACCACCUGGACUAUUACAUCGGUCGGAUAUGCUGUUCGCGUCUUUGUUUAUGACACGUUGUUUUGAAAAUGAAAAACUAAUAUUUGUAGGGUCCUUUUAGUAUUGUGGAAAACCGCCGAAUAGAAGACUAUCUACGUAAGUCGAGUUUUCAACGAAAUGCUCAGAGGUCAGAUAAACUAUUCUCCAUUCGAAGGAUCGGGCGAAAGCGACGGAAGUGGACAAAGUUAGAUAUCUCGAGUGGCAGCGAGGGUUCCAUUGUACAAUGUACACACAUGAAGUACUAUACUGAGUAUGCUGUAAGCUGGUGACCAGGCUUGACAUUCAGUCGUGAUGGUUUCCGUUAUCUUAUGCAUGAAUGCCCCCACGUGGCACAUCACUGGCGCGAUGCAACGUGGCCCCGCCGUCAAUAUAACGGAUAGUAACGCUAAAGUCGUGACAGCCCGUUCCGUUCUGUGAUAUCCAGGAGAAUGAGCUCUGCACGACCCUCUUCUGCUCGAGGGAUCACAGCCAUUAAACUCUGGCAAUGUUGGAUCUCGCAGUAGCUGUAAUGAUUUUUCACACUAACUGACUAUACGCGCCUUCAACGAAAGAAGACGGUGACACGCACUCCGGCCGUUUACGGCUGGAGGUUACUGACAUUAAUGUACAGACAGGCACAGAUGCCACAUUUGGUAACAUACCUGAUUGUCAAUGCGUAGUUUUUUCUAUUGAUCCUAGAUAUUACGGACGUCAGUGUUUCAGAUAAAGUUACUAUUUCUGUUGGCUGCAAUUCUGCUAAAAGAAAAAGUAAUCUUUAACAACUCAAAUAACGACCCGUACUUUAAUAACGACCCCGACAACUCGUUCAUUGCUGCUGCACAACUUCGAAUUAUAACCAUGUAUUUUUAUUGACGCUUGUUUAUUUCAGUCUUAAUUGAGACGUAGUGUUCGUACGUUGUUUUUUGGUUCUAUGGGAAAUUAAGCAAUAACGCGCUUCUGUUUGUCGAACGACCUCUUUCGGUUCUCAGCAUAUGCAGAAUAAAAUUAUAAUAACGAAUGAAGACGCUGGGCUUCUUAAGCAAUGCAUAGUCGCAGUGAAAUCGCUAGGUCUAUGUUAACUUUACAUCUAUUCCUGUUACUAAUGUCGCACCGAUCGGUAACAAAAGCAGAGCACGCCAAACGUUACGGCCGUCAUUCGAUGAAAAACGAAGAUCCACACUUGUGGUACCGGGUUAGGCCAACUCUCUCCCUUUUGGUUAGAGAAUUUGUACCGAGUAGCUGCACAACUACUCCUAGCCAUUUGUGGAUUCAUGUGCCGUCAUAUGCUGCCUCCUUGACGCCGCUUUCAAGACCCAGUCAAUCCGGCACCCGAUCGCUCCGCCCACAAGCAGCCGAUCUCCUCUCUCAGCUCACCCCUUAUCGGUUUAACAGGCUUCGACUGCUGGCCGAUUUAGAGCCACAUGUUCUCGAUCAGCAGUUCAGUAGCGUUCAGUGGAAUCAUCAGAGCGUCGUUGGCCAGCGCCGUCGUGACGACUCGGGCGCCACAGUGCAGCACGAACGUCUUUCGAACGAGUACAGAGAAUCGGUCAUAAAUAGAGACGGUGGUUACGUUAAAGCAUCGAAGCGUUUGCGGUGAGCCCACAGCUAGAAGGACGACGAGGCCUCCAUCGAGUUCGUGUUAGCGGCUGUAGCUGUAGCGCCCUUUUGUUUUCGCGCUGGCUAUCCACGAUCAGCGAAUGAUGGAAGAGUCGUUCCCCGUUCCCGUGCAGCACAGUGACAGUAGCGGCAUGGGCACGGCGACGACAGCGAACGCGUCGCUGGCAAUGCCGCCGCACCAUUCCUCGACAAUGUCAAUAGCUGGUUUUUACGGCCAGGAGGACGACGAUGGUCUCGUUGGUGGCGGGUGUAUCGAUAUGGAUAUGGUGCCAGAAUCGACGUCGGUACUUUCGUCGGUGACUCAGAAUCGCCGAAAACCGCGCGGCGUUGGUGGCGCAAAGCGAAAGUGUCCAGAGGAUGACCCCAACGAGGCCAGCCGACGCAAACGACAGCAAACCAGCCAGGACAUACAGAAUCAACGACAUCUCGCCAACGUCCGCGAACGCCAGCGUACUCAAUCAUUGAACGAGCGAUUCGCUCGACUUCGUCGUAUUGUUCCAACGAUGCCGUCCGAUAAAAUGUCGAAGAUUCACACACUACGACUAGCUACGUACUACAUUCAUUUCCUUAGCCAAAUGCUCGACGGGCAAAAUUCGAUGAUCGAUCAAGUCGAGACGGUGGAUACGGCCGCAUUCGUACAUCAGCUCCGCUAUGCAUUUUCAGUUUGGAGGAUGGGUACCACGCUACAUACGCCCCUCGAAAUGAACAACAACACCCCGAACGAAUCCGGCAGUCACCAGUCCAGCAGUAGUGAGCAGCCCUAUAAUAAUCCUUACCAUUAGAGUCGAAAACGUUCGCUGUGGAAGAAGGAUGGGCCAGGACGUUAUUGCAAUGUAAAUAGAUGUACGUUUACUUAAUAAUGUGUAUAUUUGUGUAAAUAAUCGUCUACUAUAUAGAAUAUGAACAGUAUAUCAAACUGGCAAAGCUAGUAUGACCAAAGAUGCAAAGAAAUAUACGAUGUUGACACAGAGACGUGCCGUAUAUUUGUGUAUAGUACUGCUAGGAGCCAAGGUAAUAAUUCAAAGAUUUAGAGGGAGGUAUCUCCCGCGUUUGGACGGGCAGUGGUCAUUUGUACAAUAUUAUGGACUAAUUAUUAGAGGGUUACGUAGAUAUAUCGAGAAGCGAUCUGAAAUCAAACGAUUGUCCUAACGAGGCGCAAAGCUGCAUGAGCACUGCUCAUCGGAAUGUCAACUACUAGCUCUGAUCAGGACAACAAAAAUAAAGAUCCGAUUUAAAAUCGACACGGCAAUUACCCGGGUAUUGACUCCGACCAGAAGCUGUUCGUAUGCGAGAGAAGUUAGCAUAUUGAAUAGUUGGUCACCAUUAAACAUACGGACACUUCUUGUACGGCUGUCCCAGCUAUGCCCGACAAGAAUGACCCAUCCGGCCCAGCAAAGGUCCCGUUUUUAUCGUUGUACGUAGAUUUUCGACGGCGUUAAGUUCGCGGCCAAUGCGAUAACACUUAAUUAUGCAAUAGUUCUAAAAUUACUUAGCUAUGGUUGAACUAUAGGUCAGCGGCAAGUUUAGUGUUCAACUAUGAGAAUUCUUGAACUUAACCGAAACGCUGUACUUCCGCUACUUACAAACGCUCAUUGUGGUUCUUCUGUACGGAUUCGUUGUGUCCCUUGAAGAUUCUGCGUAUAAUUUGUUAUAAAUAAAAAGAUUCUUUUUCUUAAAAACUCA